UGGUACUACGCUUCUAAAUCUUGCAUUAGCGUAACAACUCCAUGGAUCAUCCUCUUUCCAAAUCCAGACAGCAAAAACAAUGAUUCAUCAUCAUCAUACCAUAGAUACGAUUUUCACCUUUUGAAUCUGUUUACUCGAGAGAAGAUUCAUCUUCCGUCUUUGGAGUCCAUUUAUGGAUUUUGUGAGAAUGAGUGAUACUACAUUUUGGGAGAUGACAACACUAGCUGGAAACUAAUUCAACCUUUAAUGUAUCAAGAAUGCAUUGAUAUGGUGUAUAGAGAACGCAAGCUUUACAUGCUUAGUGAUACUCGAGUCACAAUGUUUGAUUUCUCCCGGUGCAGUGGAAUUUACAAGUUUCGAAUCUUUGAAUCAUUAAACUGGAUAAGAACCAGUUCUAUAGGGGAUGAAGCACUGAUUUUGGGUUUAGGAAUAACUGUUGCAGCCAAAGAUGGAGUUCUGAAAAAUUGUAUCUAUGUUAAUACAAUUGACGAGCCUAAUGAUUAUAGAUACGAUACAAGUAGGACACUCCAUGCUAAGAAGGGUAUUCGAGAUCUACCAUAUAGAAACCAAGACCUUGGCCCAAGUGUAUCAACCUCUUGGUGCUUCGUCGUCUCCAAUACCUUUCAAGCAUGCUUGUUGGUUCUUAAAUUGUUGCUUUAA